AUGGCUCCAAUUGUUCUGGAAGAUUUAAAUGUCUUUACAUUUGCUCAUAGUCGAAUGAGAAAAUUAAUGAAUUGUUGUACAUUAAAAGUUGGUCAUACAGAUUUCACCAGUUUGAAUGAUUUCGAGCAAUUAUUAAUUCGAUUACAACGAACAUUUACUGAAUUUAUGGCUCAUGAAGAAAUCGAAAAUCAUUUUGUGAUGAGAAAAUUGAAGAAAAAGAUGAAACAACAAUCGACAAAUGAUGAUACUGAUGUGAUUUGCAAUUGUCAUAAAGUUGAUCGUUUUACACCAUUGAUGAGUCUCUUUCGUGAUGGUUACGCAUUUAUUCGUCGUGAAAAUGCUGAUCGAGUGUCAUAUGGAGUCAAAUUGCACAAAGCCAUGAUGAGAUUUUACGAAGAUUUCGUUCCACAUAUGCACGAAGAAGAAAAUGAUAUUCAACCAUUACUUUCAAAGCAUUUUACAGAAAUCGAACUGAAAAUUAUGAGAAUUGAAGUGAUUAAAAUGACUUUACAAAAGCGCGAAAAUUCUGGAAAUAAUCUUGUGCCUCAAAUUGAAAGACCUUUGAAAAUUUAUAUUAUUUCAUAUGAACAAUUAAUCACAAUUAAUCAUUUCUCCGAUAAAAUUCUUCAAAAUAUCAUGAAAUAUUUAUCAAAUCAACAAAUUAAACAAUCGUGUCUUUUGGUUAAUAAACAAUGGAACCAAAGUGCACUUGAAGUUCUACAAAACCGUUGUCCAAUCUCGCAAAUUCCCAAUGAAAUUCUUCUUCGUUUAUUUACAUUUUAUCUGAAUCCGUUGGAUUUGUUGAUUUCAUCGAUUCGAGUGAAUAAACGAUGGAAAACGAUUAUUAAAGAUAAAACUAUUUGGAAAAUUGUCAAUCCGAUCAAUUGGGCAAAAGGAAUUUGGAAUUCAAAUGUUCCAUCGGAAGAUUUACAAAUUGAUGAGGAGGAAAAUUUCAUUUUGAAACACAACGAAAAUCGAAUUUUAACGGGUUUUGUCAAAUAUUUUUUACCUGAUUAUGGUUUUGCAAUUGAAAAUUUAAUUUUAUACGGAAGUUUAACAAUUAAUGAUAAUAUUGCACGAAAAAUCUUUGAUUUAUGUCCAAAUUUAAAACAUUUAAAUCUUGGAAUGACAAAAGUCACAUCGAAAGCAUUUAUUCAUUCUCGUUGGAUAAAUUCAUUGAAAAGUUUAAUUUUAGAAGGAUGUGAAUUAAUUGAUGAUAAUUUAUUUAUUUAUUUAAUUUCAUCAAUGAAUAUUCUAUUAAAUACAAAUCAAUUGACAAUUGAAGAUAAACAAGAAUGUCUUGUUGAACACGAUUGUUCAAAAGAAAAUUCAUUGAAGAAAUGUCUUUUAUGUAAACAAAUUCCUUCAACUUAUUUUCAUAAUUUUCAAAUCGAAACUUUGAAUUUUUCUGGUUGUUAUCAAAUAACUGAUUAUGGUUUAAAUUUAUUGAUUACAAAUAAUUGUUUAAAAUCAUUGAAAUAUUUGGAUUUAUCGGGUUGUAAUCAAAUCACAUCGGAAUGUAUUUCAUUAUUAAUCAAUUCAUCUGAACAUUUUCCAAUUGAAAAUCUUUAUUUAUGUGAUAAUAUUCAAUCAUCAGCAGUAUUUUCUACGGCAAAUUGUUGUCGAAAUAUUGAAAAUAAAAAUGAAAGAUUUUGUUGUCGACGAAGAAUUUAA